GGGAAAACAGCAGACAAGGGUCACUGGGGUUUUCCACUGUGUAGGAUUUGAAAAGACGCGAGAAGUAGGUAAGGCAGAGUGAGGAGGGGCAACGUGUGUAGUCACAGACAGAUCAGACUGUAGAAAGAGGGGAGACAUAAGAACUUGAGCGCCGAAUGAGUGAACAUCAGAAAAAGAGAGAGGCAAAAAAAUUUCACCGUCAGUGAUGCUCUUUGAGCUAAGACAACUUAAGUAGCUCUGAUUUCACAGGUUCGGAGCAGGUUUAGAGAAAGAGUAUACAGGUAGACGAUCAUUAUAGUCUUAAACUUACAUAUUUUACACGCAGGUGGUGGACUAAUUGAAUGGGCUAUAAAUGAUGACUUGCCAAAGUGAGGAUAUGUACAGUGAAAAUGGACUAUGCUGUGAUCGCUGUCCUGCAGGAACGUAUAUGCAAGCUCAUUGUGACGGCACAAAGGCGACGAAGUGUGGUAAAUGUGGACAUGGAUUCUACACCGCCACAAAUAAUCACUUGAACAAGUGCCAAGUCUGCAGUGAGUGCAGUUCCCAUAACAACCAAAGGAGAGUAAAAGACUGUACACCUACUGAGAACACAGUGUGUGAGUGUAUCACUGGUUACUACUGUAGUAAUGAUCAAUGUGACCACUGCCAGCGAGUGAGCCAAUGCCCUCCGGGAAAGGGAGUCAAGGUUCUAGCCACUCGCACCAACGAUACAAUCUGUGCUCCAUGUGAAGAAGGGACCUACAGCAACGUAAAAGAUUUCUUGUCACAAUGUAAAACACACACCAGCUGUGAGGACUUAGGGAGAGCGCUGAAAACUCCGGGAACCGAGCAAAUGGAUACCAUCUGCGGUGACCUCCUACCCCGUUGUUCCUGGAUAUUGCCGGCAUGCCUGUGGUCUGGACUUGUCUUGACCGCACUCGUCCUGUUUGCUGUUGUCAUCUGCAGGAGGGCAAAACGCAGAUCCUACAGUGCAGCCAGCUCCGGUGUUCCUGUUACUCUGGUAGAGAUGGUUCCCGCAGCGCUGGCCACCUCAAUGGAUCUGCCUAUAACGUCCACAGAGCUGAACGGCCACUGCCAAGAGAGCUGCACCGUGGAGAACUGCAAGUUACCAAUUUUUAACCCAGAUGAUAAUCUGGUCAUCCGCAGCAUGAACAGCAGCCCAAUAACGCGACUGAAGGCCUCAGUCUCAUUUGCUGAAUCCACUCACAACAAUGGAAGAGCAGGACACUGCACCAGCAACUUCCUCAGGAGCUACUCGGAGCCACAGGAGGACGAGUGGUGUGGGACAUAAAAACGUAAAUAAACAGUAUACUGAUGGACCUUAGAGUCCCUCUCUGGCUUGGAGAUAUCGCGACUUUGUUUACAAACCUUAAACUGUAACUAUUUAUACCAAAAAGAAAAAGUUGAAGGUGGCUGAUAUUUUGUCGCCUCCUGCAGGACUUUUAUGAGAACUUCAACUCGGAUGAUGUGAUAUUUUUGUUUAGGUUUUACAAUGAAGACAGCAGCUAAAAAUCCCGACAUAAAGUUACAAAGAACAUUUAUCAUAUGAACAGAUUUAACUGUUAAAUGAAAACACUGGUGCAGCUCUUUCCUAUUGUCAUUCCCUACGAUGUGAAUUUCUCUUAGAUAGGAGCUGUUGUUGUCAGCGAAUGCAAUGAAAAUAACAAAAUCAACAACAAAUUAAUCUUACUAACAAGUAUAGUCUGUGUAGUCAAAGUCUGAUAUAUUUUAUUACUUUGAGAACGAUGGCUCAAUUUUUGUCCAAAAACCGUAAACUGUAGGUUAUUUUGACUCCAUUCCAAAUACAGUGUCUUGCUGCUGUAAAUAUGUAUUCAUCUGCAGUACAAAAUAGUCCCCAACAAACGCUCUUUUGACUCCUUUUUGGGUAACAUUUUCUAAAAACUACGGUGCCCAUCUCUCACAGGAAAUAACGGUAUAUAUUUGUGACCUGUUUUUAAAGAUUUACAUCUUUAGCAGGAAUAAAUGGGCUUUGGGCUCAAAAAGUAAGUCAUAAAGUAAAAACAAACUAACUAACAUGUUGUUGGUUUUGGACUUUUCAUUAGUUGUCAAUAAGGAAAACUCCAACUCCAGUAAAUGUUUCAGGUUAAGAAUUAUUCAUUUAAAAUGUUAGAAGCCAAAAAAAAAAAAAAAACUCUCUGUCUUCAUUUUAAGUAUACUGCAAUGCCAAUUUUGCCCGCUGAAUUUAAAUAUUUAUGAAACUCCUCGAUAUGCAGCAACAAUACCACACACACACACACAAACUGAGGACUGAGUAUAAUGUGAUGUAUUAAAGAUCCAGCAGUGAUGCCCGACAGAUGUCUGAUUUUUUUGUAUCAUUGUGAAGAUAGUGCAAUAUGAGGAGUAUGUUGGGAAUGUUUACACAAGUCAAGAGUCAUUCUGCUCUGCUGCUCUCUUCUCAGUUAGUACCAUCAGACAGAAACAGUUAACAUGUACAUAACAGUAUUUUCACAGAUAUUCAG